GAAACCAGAACUUUUGAAAAACGAAAUACAAGCUUUUUUUGUUAAAUAUAAUGACCCUAUUUAUAUUAAACUUGAAAAACUUGAUAUCAUGAUACGGUUAGUGUCUGAAGAGAACGUUUCUCAGGUUCUUACGGAGCUGAAGGAAUAUUCUACUGAAGUUGAUGUGGAUUUUUCUAGAAAGUCUAUAAGAUCCAUUGGCCGCUGUGCAAUAAAAGUCCAAUCAGCAGCGGAAAUUUCUAUAAAAAUACUUGUUGAACUUGUUCGUACGAAAGUUAAUUACGUUGUCCAAGAAGCCGUUAUUGUGAUAAAAGAUAUUUUUAGGAAGUAUCCUGAUCAUUACGAGUCUGUAAUAUCGGAACUUUGCGAAUGUCUCGAUCGACUGGAUAACCCAGAAGCUAAAGCGGCAAUGAUUUGGAUUAUUGGAGAAUAUUCCUUGAGGAUUGAGAAUGCCAGUGAACUGUUAAGCAUGUUUUUGGAAAAUUUCUUGGAUGAAAUUGAAACUGUUCAACUCACACUCCUCACGGCAGUAGUUAAGUUAUUUUUGCGGGAACCUCAAGAAGGCAACCAGUCAUUGGUUCAGAAAGUUAUAAAGUGGACCACUCAGGAAUGUGAUAAUCCGGAUUUACGGGAAAGGGGAUAUAUUUAUAGGCGCCUUCUAAGUUCGGAUAUAAACAUCGCCAAAACUGUAGUGCUUUCUCAGAAGCCUCUGAUUUCCGAUGAAACAGAACUAUUGGAUCCUUAUUUGCUGGAUAACCUUCUUGAAAAUUUAGGAAAGUUGUCUUCAGUUUAUUAUAAGGCAGAUGCUUAUUUUAGCGAAAAUCAGUCAGAUUUAAAACUAAAGGGGUUUACCACUAAAGAAGUACAAAACUCCUCUUUUGAUGAAACCGCACUCGAAACUUUGCAAGACUUUCCUUUAUUAGUCCAAUCGGCUAAAGCUGGCCGUUUCAACUUUGAAGAUUCAAGUGUUAAAAUGGGCAGCUGUAAUCCUUUCCAUUCAAGUUCUUCUAGAGAAUUUUCGGAUUUUUUUGAAUCUAAUAAAUCUUCUUCGCGUAUUGCUAAAACUACUUUUUUAACUCCUUUUGAAGGAAAAGGACUUGAAAUUGGCGGUACGUUUCUAAGAAAAGAGAAGAAAAUCUGUUUCGAGCUUUCUUUAAUGAACCAUUCGUUAACUCCAUUGAAGGACUUGGCUAUAAUUUUUGAGCCCAACAGCUUUGGGCUACAUCCAGUCGCACCAUUGGAUCUUCCUUGUUCUAUUGAACCAACAGCAUUACUGGAAACAUCAAUUAUACUUGACGUGAUUGGCCCUGUUAAACUUAUGGAACCAGUUAACGAUUUGCAAGUAAUCGUGACGAAUAACGUUGGCUUAUUUCGAUUUGAUUGUUUGAUUCCUGCUUACGUAUUAUUCGAGGAAAGCGGAAAUUUAGAGCGCGAGGAAUUUCUUUCCAGGUGGAAAGAUUCGAGCUAUGAAGAAAUUAUUUUCACUAUAACUGUUGCACAUUCAGAACAAGAGAUCUCGGAAAAACUUUCUGAAAAUAAUAUUUUUAUUGUCGCUAAGCGGCUUAUACAAGGACGCCAUGUUUGGUUUACUUCGAUUCAACUUUCAAGUCAUACGUUUUUAAUUGAAUUUGGACUACUGGAACAAGAAAUGAACAUUGUUAUAAAAACAAAGACGCCUCAAUUUUUUCCUAUAAUUAAAGAUUCCAUUGUUUUAAUUUUGCAUUGA